GCCGACCGUGUGGGGCGCCCGGCCCCGCGGUGCCCGAGGAAUGGGGAUCCCUGGGCAGCUGCCGCCCGGCCCCUUUAAGCGCAGGCCCCUCCCGUCCGCCGCCGCCGCCGCCGCCAUCGCCAUCAUGCUGUGCCUGCUGCUGACCGUGCUCGCCCACCUCUUCCCGGCGGCCUGCGGCGGCGUGCACGAGCGCACCUUCGUGGCCGUGAAGCCCGAUGGCGUGCAGCGGCGGCUCGUGGGCGAGAUCGUGCGGCGCUUCGAGCGCAAGGGCUUCAAGCUGGUGGCGCUGAAGCUGGUGCAGGCCUCGGACGAGCUGCUGCGCGAGCACUACGCCGAGCUGCGCGAGCGCCCCUUCUAUGGCCGGCUGGUGGACUACAUGGUCUCGGGACCGGUGGUGGCCAUGGUGUGGCAGGGGCUGGACGUGGUGCGCGCCUCGCGGGCGCUCAUCGGGGCCACCGACCCGGCCGACGCCGCUCCUGGCACCAUCCGUGGGGACUUCUGCGUCGAGGUUGGCAAGAACGUGAUCCACGGCAGCGACUCGGUGGAGAGCGCCCGCCGCGAGAUCGCGCUCUGGUUCCGCGGCGAAGAGCUGCUGUGCUGGGAGGACAGCGCUGGGCACUGGCUGUACGAGUAGCCGCCCGGCCCCGUGGGCCCCUCCAGUUUGUGGCCCGUCCUGGCCCGCAGCUUGGGCCAGCAUUUGUUGAGACAAUAAAGUGAAGCAAACGCUCCCGCUGGUCUGGGCCCAGGGACACAGGGCUACGAUG